AUGCUACCACUGUUGCUUUAGGUAAUAAGGCCAAACGGAUGGAUGAAAAAGACAAAGGGAACCGAGUUAGGUUCAAAGGAAGAGCACCCGACGAUCCAGAAACAGACAGUCGUAAAGGCGCCUUCUCUACUUUGCCCCAUCUAUCCCUCUCUUUCUUCUUCUUCUUCUUCGCCUCUUAUGGAAGCUUUCACUCUCCCUUCUCCUCUUCUUCGUCAUUGAGGAAACAGAGCUUCGAUUUUCAGAUUGGAAAUGGUGGAUGAGAAGUUGGGGCUGUGUAUCUCUCUGUUUUUGUUGUGCCUAUCAAGUGUUUGUUUAUAUGCCACUGACGUAAAUGAUGUGAAAAUUCUUAAUGAUUUCAAAAAGGGUUUGGAUAAUCCAGAGCUUCUCGAAUGGCCUGACAAUGGAGAUGACCCAUGUGGGGUUCCUCCAUGGCCUCAUGUUUACUGUUCAGGUGAUAGAGUUUCUCAGAUUCAGGUUCAGGGUUUGGGUCUAAAAGGGCCAUUGCCUCCCAAUUUUAACCAUCUCUCUAAGCUCUCCAAUUUGGGUCUCCAAAAGAACAAGUUCAAUGGGGCAUUGCCCUCUUUCAGUGGCUUAUCAGAACUGGAAUUUGCUUUCUUAAACGACAACGAGUUCGACACGAUCCCAUCGGAUUUCUUCGAUGGUUUAAGCAGCAUUAGAGAAUUGGCUUUGGAUUAUAACCCUUUGAAUGCCACUUCUGGGUGGACUCUUCCUGAUGAGCUUGCUAAGUCAGUUCAGCUCACAAAUCUUUCACUGAUACAGAGUAAUCUUGCUGGACCUCUCCCUGAGUUCUUGGGGACAUUGCCAUCACUGUCAGCUCUCAAGCUUUCCUAUAACAGGUUAACAGGUCCAAUUCCCAAAAGUUUUGGGCAGUCUUUGAUGCAGAUUCUGUGGCUGAAUGGCCAAGAUACAGGAAUGAUCGGUCCGCUCGAUGUAAUUCCGUCGAUGACUUCGUUGACUCAACUAUGGCUUCAUGGAAACCAAUUCUCAGGAGUGAUCCCUGAAAAUAUUGGGGAUCUAGCUUCUUUGUAUGAGCUUAAUCUCAAUAGAAACCAGCUUGUUGGUUUGAUUCCUGAGAGCUUGGCCAAUAUGAAUCUGCAUAAUCUGGUCCUCAAUAAUAACGUUCUAAUGGGUCCAAUACCAAAGUUCAAGGCUCUUAAUGUUACUUAUGAUAACAACAAUUUUUGUCAAUCAAAACCAGGUCUACAAUGUGCUCCUGAAGUCACUGCGCUUUUAGAUUUUCUUGGCAGUCUGAAUUAUCCGAUACCUCUUGCAUCGGAGUGGUCAGGGAACGAUCCAUGUCAAGGACCAUGGUUGGGGAUUAGUUGCAAUCCCAAGUCCGAGAUUUCGAUAAUCAAUCUGCCCAAGCGUGGUCUUCUUGGUACUUUGAGUCCUUCCAUAUCGAAGUUAGAUUCACUGAUGGAAAUUCGACUUGCUGGAAACAAUAUUAGUGGUAAAGUUCCUCAGAAUUUUACGAGUUUGAAAUCUUUGAGGUUGUUGGAUUUGACUGGAAACAAUUUCGAGCCUCCAUUACCAAAAUUUCGAGAUGGGGUUAGAGUUUUAACCUUGGGGAAUCCUCUUUUGGUUUCUAAUCACUCUGCAGCACCUCCUUUACCCGUUACACAGCCACCAGGUACCAGUGUGGCACCUCCACCAGAAACAUCCUCAGGUGAUGCGAAACCACCACUGUCAUCAAAAGGGAGUCCGAUUCCAAGAUCUCCGGUAUCAUUAACGAAUUCCUCUUCAUCUGGGACACAGAAAUCUUCAAAGCCAAGAAGAGUUAUAUACGUGAUCGCCACAGUGCUCGUCAUAUUCAUGAUAUUCCUAUCAGUUUUGUUCUGUAUCUUCUGCUAUAGGAAGAGAAAACGAGCAGAUGAAUCUCCUACUUUUGUGGUGCACCCAAAAGAUCCUUCUUACCCUGAAAAUAUGUUUAAGAUUUCUGUUUUGAAUAAGAACCCAGGAAACUUAUCCAAUAAAACAGGAACUAGCAUGACAAGUUCUAGUAGUGGUGGAACUGAAAAUUCUCAUUUGAUUGAGGAUGGGAAUUUGGUUGUAGCCGUGCAAGUUCUUCGUAAGGCGACCAAUGAUUUUGCCCCUGAAAAUGAGCUCGGACGAGGCGGGUUUGGUACCGUCUAUAAAGGUGAGUUGGAGGACGGGUCGAAAAUGGCAGUGAAGAGAAUGGAGGCUGGAUCAAUCAGUAAUAAAGCAUUAGAAGAGUUUCAGUCUGAAAUUGCUGUUCUAUCCCAUGUUAGGCAUAGACAUCUGGUGUCGCUUUUGGGGUACUCCACAGAAGGAGCUGAAAGGCUUCUUGUGUAUGAGUAUAUGCCUCAAGGUGCUCUUAGCAGGCAUCUCUUCCAUUGGAAAGCUCUUAAAUUGGAGCCGUUAUCGUGGAUGACUCGGCUCACAAUUGCAUUGGAUGUUGCUCGAGGGAUUGAAUAUCUACAUAGUUUGGCCAGACAAACGUUCAUACAUCGAGAUCUUAAAUCGUCUAAUAUUCUUCUGGAUGAUGAUUUUCGAGCAAAAGUUUCGGAUUUUGGAUUGGUCAAGUUGGCUCCAGAUGGAGAAAAGUCAGUGGCGACAAAGCUUGCUGGGACAUUCGGGUACCUAGCACCUGAGUAUGCAGUGAUGGGGAAGAUCACUACAAAAGCUGAUGUAUUCAGCUUUGGGGUGGUGCUGAUGGAACUUCUGACUGGAAUGAUGGCACUCGACGAGGCACGCCCAGAGGAAAGUCGGUACUUGGCUCAAUGGUUUUGGCAAAUCAAAUCGAACAGAGAAAAGCUAAUGUCUGCUAUCGAUCCAUCUCUAUCCGUAAACGACGACCUCUUUGAGAGGAUCUCCAUAAUCGCUGAAUUGGCAGGACAUUGCACAGCUAGAGAGCCAAGCCAUCGUCCCGAUAUGGGACACGUCGUGAGCGUGCUUUCGCCUUUGGUUGAGAAGUGGAAACCAAUUCAAAACGAUGCUGAGAGUUUCUCCGGUAUCGAUUACAGCCUACCACUUCCUCAAAUGCUGAAGGUAUGGCAGCAAUCUGGAAGCCGGGAAACGAGCUUUACGAGCCUUCAAGACAGUAAGGGAAGCAUCCCCGCCCGCCCCACCGGAUUUGCAGACUCCUUCACCUCCGUUGAUGGAAGGUGAGUAAACUCGUUACAACACACAAGGGUGAACGUUCCCUUUUGAACUAUUGCCAUCUUUGCUGAAUAUAAUAUAUGAUCAAUUACAAGUAAAACAGUGCUUUUGAUUUCACAUUUUUUCCCCAUAUUUAUAUCAUGUUUCUUUAUACCAUGGAAUUUACGCUGUAAAUAAUGGUGCCCAUUGCAAAUAUGAACGAUAUUAUCCAUUUAAGUUCA